AGUGCCUUCUGUCAUAUCUCAAGAGUUUCAGAAGGCUUGGAAGCCACAGCGGAAGGUGAAUGUACUAUGCCUGUGAGCUAUACAAUAUGUACAAAUUACCUUUUUCUUACUAGCAUCAAGUUAGGACUUCUUGCUACCGCUCCUGCUUUGAUGGUGAUGCAGUUCUAAAAGAAAUUCUAGGAACAAUCCAGCAAAAAUGGGUGAGGUAAAUAAAGACGCCGUUGAAAAAUACUUGGAGAACAACCCCCAGUUUGCCAAGGAGUAUUUUGACAGAAAAAUGAGGGCAGAAGUGCUGGGAAGUAUCUUUAAAGUGAGCCCUGGAGAUGUGAAGGAAGGAGUCAGCUUCAAAGACAUGUCCCGUCUGGAGGAGUGUAACAUACUUUUUGAGCUGCUCACAGAAAUCCAAGACGAAGCGGGCGUUAUGGAAAAGAUAGUGCACAAGGCCCUGCAGAGGCUGGCCCAGCUGCUGGCAGCUGAUCGGUGUAGUAUGUUUAUUUGUCGUUCCCGAAAUGGUAUUCCAGAGGUAGCCACCAGGCUUCUCAAUGUCACUCCAACUUCCAGCUUUGAGGAGAAUUUGGUGAAUCCAGACAAUGAGACUGUUUUCCCUCUGGACAUCGGGAUAGCGGGAUGGGCUGCUCACACCAAGAAGUUCUUUAAUAUCCCUGAUGUGAAAAAGAAUAACCAUUUUUCUGACUAUCUGGACAAAAAAACUGGUUAUACAACAGUCAAUAUGUUGGCAGUCCCAAUUGUACAGGGCAAAGAGGUGCUUGCUGUUGUGAUGGCACUCAACAAAUUAAAUGCAACUGAGUUCUCAAAAGAGGAUGAAGAGGUCUUUAAAAAAUACCUCAAUUUUAUAUCUUUGGUCCUAAGAAAUAAUCAUACGUCCUAUCUCUACAAUAUUGAAACCCGAAGGAGUCAGAUGCUUUUGUGGUCCGCCAACAAAGUAUUUGAAGAGCUAACAGAUAUAGAGCGGCAGUUUCACAAAGCACUGUACACUAUUCGAAUGUAUUUGAACUGUGAAAGAUACUCCGUUGGUUUGCUGGACAUGACCAAGGAGAAGGAGUUCUACGAUGAGUGGCCAAUCCGGCUGGGGGAGGCAGAGCCUUACAAAGGCCCCAAGACACCUGAUGGACGAGAAGUCAACUUCUAUAAGAUUAUUGACUACAUUUUACAUGGAAAAGAAGAAAUCAAAGUCAUUCCGUCACCUCCAGCAGAUCACUGGUGUCUUGUCAGUGGAUUGCCAACAUAUGUUGCUGAAAAUGGAUUUAUUUGUAACAUGAUGAACGCACCAGCGGAUGAAUAUUUCACAUUUCAGAAAGGACCAGUGGAUGAGACUGGAUGGGUUAUCAAAAACGUCCUGUCAUUGCCUAUUGUCAACAAGAAAGAAGAAAUUGUGGGAGUUGCAACAUUUUACAACAGGAAAGAUGGAAAGCCUUUUGACGAGUAUGAUGAACAGAUCAUUGAAACUCUCACACAGUUCCUGGGGUGGUCUGUUUUAAAUACUGACACUUACGACAAAAUGAACAAGCUUGAAAACAGGAAAGACAUUGCUCAAGAAAUGCUUAUGUACCAGACAAAGGCCACCCCUUCUGAAGUUGAAUCUAUACUGAAAUACAAGGAGAAAUUAAAUGUAACUAGUAUAGAAGAAUGUGAACAAAAGGAUCUUAUCAGGAUUUUGAAAGAAGAAUUGCCUGAUCCAAAAGAUUUAGAACUGUAUGAAUUCCGCUUCAGCGACUUUCCUGUUACAGAGCAUGGCCUAAUAACCUGUGGAAUACGACUGUUCUUUGAGAUAAACGUCGUUGAAAAGUUCAAAGUCCCAGCUGAGGUCCUUACAAGAUGGAUGUACACAGUCAGGAAAGGUUAUCGAGACAUCACUUACCAUAACUGGCGACAUGGAUUCAACGUGGGACAAACAAUGUUCACUCUACUGAUGACAGGCAAAAUAAAGAAAUACUAUAAUGAUCUAGAAGCCUUUGCCAUGGUUGCUGCUGCUUUCUGCCAUGACAUUGAUCACAGAGGGACCAAUAACUUGUAUCAGAUGAAGUCAGCUGCUCCGCUGGCAAAACUUCAUGGCUCUUCCAUUUUAGAAAGGCAUCACCUGGAGUACAGUAAAACCCUACUGCAAGAUGAGAGUUUAAACAUCUUCCAGAACCUAAAUAAGCGCCAGUAUGAAACUGUUCUACACUUAUUUGAAGUUGCAAUAAUAGCAACUGACUUGGCUUUGUAUUUCAAGAAAAGAACUAUGUUUCAAAAGAUUGUGGAUGCCAUUGAAAAAAUGGAAACAGAAGAGGAAGCAAUUAAAUAUAUAUCUAUUGAUCCAACCAAAAAAGAAGUCAUCAUGGCCAUGAUGAUGACUGGAUGUGACCUGUCUGCUAUAACCAAGCCUUGGGAAGUGCAAAGCAAGGUUGCCCUCAUGGUUGCAAAUGAAUUCUGGGAGCAAGGUGACCUAGAACGAACUGUGCUGCAGCAACAACCAAUUCCUAUGAUGGAUAGAAACAAAGGAGAUGAACUACCUAAGCUCCAAGUUGGUUUCAUAGAUUUUGUGUGUACAUUUGUGUACAAGGAAUUCUCGAGGUUUCACAAGGAAAUUACACCUAUGUUUGAUGGUCUUCAAAACAACAGGGUUGAGUGGAAAACACGAGCUGAUGAAUAUGAAGAGAAGAUGAAAGUUAUUGAGGAACAAAAGAAAAAGGAAGAAGAAGCAGCUGCCAAAAAAGCAGAAAAUGCAGCUGGAGGUGGUGGCGGUGGAGAGGAUGGAAAAUCCAAAACAUGUAUAAUUUUGUAAUUCUUUAUCUUGGACACUGUUUCUGCUACAGAAAAGACAUCUAGAAAGAACUUCAUUGAGCCCCAGCAAAUUUCUGCUUCGCAUAGAAUAGUAUAGACGGAUUUCUUAACAAACCUCUUAAACACUUGCCAUUUGCUGGAAAUAAUUCUUAAUGGAGUAAACAGUUAAAAUUAAAACCUGGGAAAUUUAAAAAAAAAAAAGGUGCGAAAUGAGUUAACUGUGCACUCUAGGUAUUUUUUUCAUGUCACUCCAUUUAUAUGCAGUAUUUUUACUAAAAUAUAUAACUUCUCCACACUGUCCAGAAAAAAUACAAAUAAUUUUGACAGUUCUUACGUGAAAUUACUGAAUGAAAUCUAACAUGUACAAUUCAAACAAAAAACUGCAAUUUUCAUAACAUGUAUAUUUAGAUUUUUUUAUAUUAUGUGUAUUUACCUAAUCUGGAAUUGUCCUUCUCCUUCACUCUCAAUACUAUAAAUUUCUAGAGUAAACAUCUCUGUUACUUUUAGGAAUGCUAAA